AUGGAAGUCCCACAGCCUGGGCAAUCAGAAGAAGCUUUCCACAGUGCCCAAACAUCAGGAGAAGCUGACCACAGUACCCACACACCAGGAGAAGCUGACCACAGUACCCACACACCAGGAGAAGCUGCCCACAGUGCCCAAACAUCAGAAGAAGCUGCUCACAGUGCCCAAACAUUAGAAGAAGCUGCCCACAGUGCCCAAACGUCAGGAGAAGCUGCCCACAGUGUCCAGACAUCAGGAGAAGCUGCCUACAGUGCCCAACCAUCAGGAGAAGCUGCCUACAGUGCCCAACCAUCAGGAGAAGCUGCCUAUAGUGCCCAACCAUCAGGAGAAACUGCCUACAGUGCCCAACCAUCAGGAGAAGCUGCCCACAGUGCCCAACCAUCAGGAGAAGCUGCCUACAGUGCCCAACCAUCAGGAGAAGCUGACUACAGUGCCCAACCAUCAGGACAAGCUGCCUACAGUGCCCAACCAUCAGGAGAAGCUGCACACCAGUGCCCAAAAAUCAGGAGAAUCUGUCUACAGUGUCAAGUAAUCCGGAGAACGACCAGUCAUAGAUGA